UCAUAUUUUCAAAAAUUUACUCUUUGAGUUUUCUGAAAGUCGCUUGUCAGUUAAAAAUAAAGGUUAAUAAACAAAAAUGUUUUAUCUUGUUUAUUGGGUUUCCGAAAAAACUGUAAGCAUCGUUGAAGAAACGGAUAUUGUAAAAAGGAAAAAUUCUACUGCUUUCAUUUCAUGGGGAAGGAAAUCUUACAAAGCAAAGAUAAUUGCGGUUAAUGAUGACAAAGAGUGGUUAGAAACACUGGAAGUCAAUGCUGCAGGCUACAUUUGCGGACAAAAAAUGCUGAAUGCUGCGCGAAAAGCUCCAAAUGAAGAACCUGCAGUUGCAGAAGGAGCUAUAAAUGAAGAACCAAAAGAUGACAGUUCGCUUCAAGAUGCUGAAAACGAUGCGCAGAUUCCUGAAGUUAAUGAAAAUAAAGUUGAAAUUAUUGAAGGAAGUGGUAUAUUUGUUACUUUGAUGGAAGAAAAAAAUUUAAUGUCCUUGAAAAAUAACCCUAAAAAAAUGACGACUAAAUUAUUGGUGUAUUUAUUUGGGAAAGAAAAAUUAAAAUCAAUGUCCCGAACGGGAAAGGGGAAUCAUGAGGCUAUCCCUGAAAACGUUUUAAACACUGUAGAAGUUUUCGUAUUUCGACAUAGCCGUGAAGAGAAAAGGCUAACAACAAUCAAAUUUAAUAAAUGCGUCACGAAAUUUUGCAACAAUUUGAGGAAUGAAAAAAUGUCCAAUUAAAAAAAAAAUUACAUUCCGUUGUUGAUUGUUUCUUUUACAAUGUUUUUAAAGUAUUAUUGUUUUUUAUGUACUUUUAAAUUCUUAAAAAAUAAAAA